AGACCACCUUCGAAAAUGGGGGAGGGCGCGCACGAGACGAGUCGAAGCGUCGUGCGCAUGCGCAGAAGAUUAGCGGCUGAGAGGAAAAAGUUUCGGGCAGCUCUAGCUGCAGUAAAGCAGGAGCACAGUCUGCAGGGAUCAGACCCAGCUCUGCAGUUUCCAAGCAAAAUCAGGAUUACUGCCCCCCGGCUGAAGAAAGAAUCUAGAACAAUGCUGUUACAGCUCGCAGCCCUUUUAAGUUUAGGGGCAUGGGCUCUGGCAGAUGUGCCUGAGCUGGGAGAUGUUUGCACAGAGGGGAGCUGUUAUCCUGCCACAGGAGAUCUUCUCAUUGGAAGAGCACACCAACUCUCGGCCACCUCCACAUGUGGACUCCAGAAACCUGAGCCUUUUUGUAUUGUCAGUCAUUUGCAGGAAGAGAAGAAGUGCUUUGUGUGCGAUUCCAGGGAGACCUACGAUGAAAGCAUGCACCAAGUAACCAGCCACAGAAUCGAAAAUGUCGUGACUACGUUUGCCCCGAACCGCCUCAAGACUUGGUGGCAGUCAGAAAAUGGCCUGGAGAACGUCACAAUCCAGCUGAACCUGGAGGCAGAGUUCCACUUCACCCACCUCAUCAUGACCUUUAAAACGUUCAGACCUGCUGCUAUGGUGAUCGAACGGUCGUCAGACUUCGGGAAGACUUGGCAAGUGUACCGUUACUUCGCCUAUGACUGCGAGACCUCAUUCCCCUUCGUCUCUCAAGGACCCAUGACCAAAGUGGACGACGUUAUCUGCGAUUCCCGCUACUCCGACAUUGAACCCUCAACUGAGGGUGAAGCCAUCUUUAGGGUUUUGGAUCCAGUCUUCAGGAUUGAUGAUCCCUACAGCCCCAGAAUUCAAAACAUGUUAAAGAUCACUAAUCUGAGGGUGAAGUUCACAAAGCUGCACACUCUUGGGGACAAUCUUCUGGACUCACGUAUAGAGAUCAAGGAGAAGUACUACUACUCAGUCUAUGACAUGGUGGUGAGAGGAAACUGUUUUUGCUAUGGUCACGCGUCUGAAUGCGCCCCCAUCGAUGGAGCUGGAGAGGUCGUGGAGGGCAUGGUCCAUGGCCAUUGUAUGUGUAAUCAUAACACCAUGGGGCUGAACUGUGAGCGCUGUCAGGACUUUUACCAUGACCUGCCCUGGAGACCUGCGGAGGGACGCAACACCAACGCCUGUAAAAAGUGUAACUGCAAUCAUCACUCUGAUUCCUGUCAUUUCGACAUGGCUGUGUAUCAGGCGUCAGGUAACGUGAGCGGCGGUGUGUGCGAUGACUGCAAACACAACACCAUGGGUCACAAGUGUGAGCAGUGCAAGCCCUUCUUCUACCAGCAUCCGGAGAAAGACCUCCGCGACCCCAACAUCUGCGAGUCCUGUAACUGUGAUCCGGUCGGCUCUCUCAACGGUGGAGUGUGUGAUCCGCUGACAGACGUGUCCCUCGGACUGAUCGCGGGUCAGUGUCGCUGUAAGCCUAAUGUGGAGGGUGAGCGCUGUGACCAGUGCAAACAGGGCCAUUACGGGCUCAGCGACGACCCUCUGGGAUGCCAGCCAUGCACGUGCAAUGCUUUGGGGACGGUUCCAGGUGGAAGUCCAUGUGAUACAGACUCAGGAAACUGCUACUGUAAACGUCUGGUUACCGGAAGGAACUGUGACCAGUGUCUGCCUCAGCACUGGGGGCUCAGUAAUGACAUGGAUGGCUGCAGACCAUGUGACUGUGAUCAUGGUGGUGCAAUCAACAACAAUUGCUCUCCAGAAACGGGUCAGUGUCAGUGUCGUGAGCACAUGUUUGGCAGACGCUGCGACCAGGUGGAGUCUGGUUUUUACUUCAUCGCUCUGGACCACUACACUUAUGAAGCUGAGGAUGCCAAGUUUGGACCUGUAAGUGUCCUCAUAUUGCCAUCUGUAGAAGUCUUUGAGUAAUUGUGUACUGACGUGCACGUGCACUCUUAUGGUGUGACAGUAGUCCCGAGACCCCAGCCUCAGGACAGAUCCCCUACUUGGACUGGCAUUGGUUUCGUGAACGUUCCUGAAGGUGCCUAUCUUGAGUUCAGCAUCGACAACAUCCCCUACUCUAUGGAGUAUGACAUUAUCAUCCGAUAUGAACCUCAGCUGCCAGAGCAGUGGGAGGAAGUGUUGAUGACUGUCAUCAGGCCUCGCGUCAUUACCGCCGACAGCCGCUGUGCAAACACAAUGCCCGACGAUGACAACCAGGUGGUGUCUCUGCAUCCCGGAUCCAGGUAUGUGGUGCUGUCUAGGCCUGUGUGUUUUGAAGAGGGCUUGAACUACACCGUGCGCUUGAGUCUGUCUCUCUACUCGGCUCUCAGCGAUGUGCAGUCACCGUACACGCUCAUCGACUCGAUCGUCCUCAUGCCACGCUGCAAAAACCUGGAUAUUUUCUCUGGCUCUGGGUCAGAGGGUGGAGACAUGAUGACCAACAGCGCCUGGGAAACCUUCCAGCGUUACCGCUGUUUGGAGAACAGCCAAGCAGUGGUGAGAACCCCCAUGACUGAUAUCUGCAGGAAUUACAUCUUCAGCGUGUCGGCUUUUCUGCACCAGGGAGUUAAAGCCUGUCAGUGUGACCCGCAGGGGUCUCUCAGCACGGUUUGUGACCCGAGCGGUGGCCAGUGCCAGUGUCGGCCCAACGUGGUAGGCAGGAACUGCGACAAAUGUGCCCCAGCGACCUUCCUUUUUGGGCCACAAGGCUGCAGGCCAUGUGAUUGCAGUCCUGAGGGGUCUGUCCACUCCUUCUGCCACGAGGCCACCGGUCAGUGCGAGUGUAUUCCCAGAGCGUAUGGGCGGCAGUGUGACCGCUGUCUGCCGGGACACUGGGGAUUCCCUAACUGUCGCCCCUGCACUUGCAAUGGCCACGCUGAGCAGUGCGACCCGCUCACGGGACAGUGUCUGUCCUGCAGGGACCACACCUCUGGACACCACUGCGAGAGGUGUUUGAAUGGCUACUAUGGUGACCCCGUCCUGGGCUCUGGAGACCACUGCCGCCCCUGCAUGUGUCCGGACGGUCCCGGCAGCGGAAGACAGUUCUCCGGCGCGUGUUAUAAGAGCCUCGACUCCAACCAGGUGUUCUGCGUCUGCAACCAGGGAUAUAAAGGUGCCAGGUGUGAAGAAUGCGCCCCUGGUUAUUACGGAAACCCACACGAGGUGGGCGGAGAAUGCCGGCCCUGUCAGUGCAACAACAACAUUGACAUGACGGACCCGGAGUCCUGUGAUGCCCGAACGGGCGCUUGUCUCAAAUGCCUGUACCACACCGAGAGCGAGGGAUGCAACCGCUGCAAGCUCGGUUAUUACGGCAAUGCACUGACACAGAGCUGCAGAAAGUGUGUGUGUAAUCAUAUGGGCACUGCUGAGGAGACGUGCCCCUCUCAGGGUAACUGCAACUGUGAUUUGAACAGCGGUCAGUGUCAGUGUCUUCCUAACGUGGUGGGCCUGCACUGCGAUCAGUGCGCACCAGACACUUGGAACAUGGCCAGCGGGAAAGGCUGCGAGGCCUGCGACUGCGACCUCAACCAUUCCUUCAGCUCGUCCUGCAAUGAGAUCAUGGGCCAGUGCUCUUGUAAACCAGGGUUUGGCGGCAGAACCUGCCGAGAGUGUAGAGAGCUGUUCUGGGGAAACCCUGAGGUCAAGUGCCACGCAUGUGAUUGUGACCCAAGAGGCAUCGCGGAGCAGCAGUGCAACAAGGUCACAGGUCACUGUGUUUGCGUGGAAGGUGUUUCCGGGCCUCACUGUGACACGUGCGCUCGAGGCUACACGGGCGAGUUCCCACACUGCGAGCGCUGCCACCAGUGCUUCGCUGAAUGGGAUGUAAUUGUGGGCGACCUCACCAACCAGACCCACAGACUGGUCCAGAAAGUCAAUACCAUCAAAGCCACCGGCAUUACGGGACCCUACCAGGCCACCAUCAAUAACGUUGAAAACAGCGCCAACUCGAUCCGCAACAUCCUGGCCCAGAAUCCAGCCACUCAGCCUCUGACAGAGAUCCAGGGUCUUCUCGAACAAGCUACGUAAGCCUUGAUGGCUGAAAUCAACACCAAUCUUAACCUGACAGAGGAGACCUUGUCCGAGAUCUCAUCCGACAACAACAGCACAGACACCAAACUGAAAUCCCUCAAAGAAGAAGCUCAGAAACUGGAACAGACGGUGAAGGAGCUUCAGGGGCAGGUGGAGUUUGUGAAGAAUUCAGACAUUCGAGGGGCCAGAGCCAGCGUGACUCGAUAUUAUGAGCAGUCCCAGAUGGCAGAGAUCCGUGCGAAUGCCUCCACCAUUGACCCAGACAACCUGGUCAAUCAGUCUGCCACCCUGCGGACAGAAACGGAGGACUUGAUGAACCAGACCAAAGAAGAGUUCAUUCAAAGGCAGGAUGAGUUUUCGAAGAAACUGGACAACCUCGCUGGACAGCUGGAGACUCUGGACCUGUCUGAACUUAGCGAGAAGACAUGUGGCAGUCCAGCUGGCUCAGAGAACUGUGCUGACUCUCCCUGCGGAGGCCUGAGCUGUGUGGAUGGGGAAGGAAACAGGAAGUGUGGAGGAGAGGGAUGUGAUGGCCUCACCACGCUGGCCCACAGUGCCUGGCAGAAAGCCAAGGACUUUGACAUGGAGAUAAUCAGCGCUAUGGAGGAAGUGGACAAGCUCUCCAAAAUGGUGUCAGAGGCAAAGGUAAAAGCAGAUGAAGCAAAGCUUAAUGCUCAAGAAGUGCUGGCAAAAACCAAUGAGACCAAAAAGCGUGUGGACGGCAGCAACGAGGAGCUACGCCAACUUAUCAAACAGAUCCGAGACUUCCUCACUCAAGAUGGAGCGGACCUGGAAAGCAUCGAGGCUGUGGCCAAUGAAGUUCUGCAGAUGCAGAUGCCCACCACACCAGCCCAGCUGCAGAACCUGACCGCAGAGAUCAGGGAGCGCGUGGGCAGCUUGACAGAAGUCGAGGACAUCCUCAACCAGAGCGCCGCUGACAUCCUGAGAGCAGAAAGCCUGCUGGAACAAGCCCGCAAGGCCAGGAAGGAGGCGACAGAUGUGAAGGACACGGCUGAGAUGGUGAAGAAGGCCUUGCAGCAGGCUGAACGCGCCCAGAGUUCAGUAACCGAGGCUCUGAAGCAGGCCAGUGCUGACAUCAAGGGAACCCAAGACUUGCUGGUCUCGGUGGAGUCUGAGACGUCCGACUCGGAGCUAAAACUGAGUAACGCCACCCGAAGGCUCCUGAAGUUGGAAAGCGAUGUAGCUCUGCUGAAAGAAAAGGCUCUCAACACCUCCACCAGUGCCAACAGCACAGAGAAAGAGGCUGAGAGCAUCAACGCACUGGCUGAGCAGCUCAAAAAGGAUCUGGAUUCAGAUCUGAAGGACAAGUACAGUAGUGUUGAGGAGCAGAUCACACAGAAGGCUGAAGGAGUGGCAGAGGCCAAGAAAAGAGCAGAGAAACUCCAAAAGGAAGCCAAAAAUCUGCUGCUACAAGCCAGCGACAAACUUCAGCUUCUGAAAAAUCUUGAGAAGAGCUAUGAUGAAAAUCAGAAGCUGCUGGAGGACAAGGCCAAUGAGCUGGUGGACCUGGAGAAGGCUGUGAAAGAACUGCUUCAGGACAUCAGUCACAAAGUCACCGUCUACAGCACCUGUCUGUUUUAACACUACUACUGACUGCUUUAGGAAGAUAUAUUAAAUUACCUUCUAUGUCAAAUCCCUGAGAAGGUUUUGUGAGUUUUACAUCUGUUACAGCUACAGUUUUACCCAUACGUUUAUAUUUGAUCAUUGUAUGAAAGGGUGUUACACACUUUUAUGAACACAAGAGAAUGUUAUUUGGAUUUUAAAACAUAGCAGACCAAAGAGUGAAUGUAAGAUAUGCCCAACAUGACUAGGAGACUGCAGUUACAUUGACCUCAUUGUUUCAAUUUUAGAUUAAAGUUCAAAUAAAAAGUAAAAUAAUAUAAAUGUGAUUUUUAAAAAAAAACUUUUUUGGUUACUGAUAUCUGGACCAACUUGUGAAUAUCAUGAAAAUUCAAUCAGAAUAAACUCAAGGUAGUAAUACAGUGUGAAACUGUGUCAUUGUUACAGUGUGAAUUUGUCUCAUGUUAAUAAAAUACAGGAAAUCUGAGGUUUCAUCUUAUCCAGAUGUUACCCAUUUUUGUUACCCAUUCUCAAUGGGAAGGUGCCCAAGCAAAAUUGCUCA